AUGGAAGCAGGACCCUCGGGAGCAGGUAUGGAGGACGCUGGUGGGGGGGGGGACGGCUUAGAAGGAAUGCAGGGGGGAAUCUUGGAAGGAGGAAGAUGCAAUAGGUCCAGGGGCUUAGGGGAGCAAGUGCAAUUGAGAGGAGGGCGGCUGAGAGCCAAGGGUGGUGUGCAAAGGGACAUGGGGGCAGCGCGAGUCUGCUGCAUGUUUGGGUUCAGCUUUUUGGUGGGCCGCAGUAUGUUUGGGGGCUUAUGGGGAGAAGUGCAAUUGAGGGGAGGGGGCUGAGAACGGUGGGAGGCCUGCUGAGGAACAGCGUGGAGGGUUUUUUUUUUGGAAGGGCGAGCUGUGUUGGGGACUACAGGGGGCUUGAGGGGUUUAGGGGAGCUGCUGAGGGAAGGGGAGCUCAGGAGCAAGAGGCCUGCCGAGGCAGAGGAGUGGUCAGUGGGGGGGUUACAAAAGGAGGGUCUGCAGCUGCUGUAUGUGUGUGCCGUGGGGGGGGGGGUGGCCCAUACGGGUGCAAGUGUGAGAUCAAAGAGGUCUGCCGAGGAGCGGAGUGGCAAAUCGUGUGUGUGUGUGUGCUUGCAGUGCGCGUACGUGGGGGAUGCAGGAAGGAUGAGGACACGGAGGGGGCUGUGCGGAUGAGGGGCGGGAGGAGACAUGGAUCGGUGGGGGAGGGGAGAGAAUGAGAAGCCUUGGGAGUUUGAGAAAGGAGUCCCGGCGUGGCGUCCAGGGCACCUGGAGCCACAUGUGGAGAGGGAGUUGUCUGAUGGGUUCCAGUUGGGGCUGCAAGAGUAGUUGGCAAAGAGAAGGGGAUGCUGUGGGGUGGAUGGGAGGAAGUGGGCAUCCCCAGGCAAGUUGGAGGGGCUGGGGGCUAAAGAAGCACUUGCGUUGGGGGUGUUCUUGCCUAGGGAAAGGGGGAAGCAGGAGCAUAUUGAGAGGGACAAAAUGCAGUAAGGAGAGGAUUGGGAAGAAACACACACACACACACACACACACAGAGAGUGGGACGAAAGGUUGGGGACGUCCCCCAGUAUCCUAAGUGUGUUAGAUAGGAACAGGCAAGGAUGACUUUAAAACUGCCCAUCCCCCUCUCCAACAGAUUGAUGUGCAGGGAUUAACUUUGUGCAUGGUUACAUCCACAUCAUACAUUUAAAGUUCAUGGCUCCUGCCACCAAAAAAACGUGUCCCAUUAUCUGCAUUUUGUUACAGGUGCUGGGAAUUGUAGCUUUGUACAGUUUCCAGGACUGUAUGUGUAAAUCUGUGUGCUUUAAUUGUAUGAUGUGGAUGUGACCUGUUGUUUCAAAUUGAUUUUUAAGAAAAUGUAAACCACUUUGAGGUAACUUGUGACAAAAAGCAGUAUAUAAGCACUACUACUACUAAUAGUAUUAUUAUGUGCAGCAAGGUGAGAGAGGCCUGUUGAGUACUUAAGUGGAGGCAGAUGAGAAAUCUGCAGCAUUAGUACAUCCACGUCCAAGUUGAGUUGGGGGAGAUGUUGGCCUAGCAAGGUAUGAAAUGCCUUAUGGCUCUUGAAAGGAGAAUGUUGCAAAGGAGAGAAGAUAUGGAGAGUAAGAGUUUGCUGGGCACUGAGAGGUCCAAUAGCUUUUGAAAGAGGGCAGAAUGUGGUGCUGCAGAGCCUCACUUCAGCACAAAUCACCCUGAAUAGGAGAGCACUAAGAGGAGCUUUCUCAGCACUGGGUCUCCUGGGUUUAAAGGAGUCUGGCUGAUUCAGGAGCAAAACUGACUUUAGGUGAGCGAGCAAAGCUUUGCUUGUUACCUAGACAGGGGUGUGAAGGUGGGUGAGAGAGAGAAAAACAAAUGCCCUGUCUAGGAAGAGGAGAUAAAAUGCUGAAUCUUUGCGCAAACAUUUUUGUAAGAAUACUCAUUGCUGCUUAAUUGAGAUUUGGGAAAUGAUUUUGGGGGCUGGGUAGUGGAGGGGACAUAGAGGCAUUCAUGCUGCCCCCUUCACUGUAUCAGGAAAGCUGGGAGGUUGAGAUUUGAGUGGCUGAGCAUGCCUGAAAGCUGGAUGGUGAGGGGACAGAAGCAGAAAGAUAAGGAUCCCUUGUUAGGACAAGGGAAGCUGGCAGCAGCUGGGUCCUUGGUGCGCCCCCCCCCCCCCCGCUUUCCCUCCAGGCAUAGCUAAGAGGUUUGAGGGGAAGAUAUAUGCCCACUGCCUUUGAGUAGCUGGAGGAGGAAAGAUUCUCUUCCAGCCUUUGUCAAGUGGGUGCCCUCCAGGUGUUUUGGACGGCAAAUCCCAUCAGCACAAGUAAUAGUCCAGAACAACUGGAGGGCAACUCCAGCCUGGCGGAGAGGCUGUUGUCCUGUUUUUGUGUUCUGAAGGAGUGAUCAGAAGGCUAUUGAAACCCAUCAGUAUGUAUGUGUGUGUGUGUGCGCGCCGUUUCUUUUGUUGGCUUUUACAAAAGUAGAACAUCUUCCUUUCAGACCUACUUUAAAUUGACACACGAAGCCCUUCUAGGUUGAUGGGGAAGAGAAUUGACGCUUGAGUUUCCUGACAUCUUUUCGGAUAUGGUUUGUUUUUUUAAAAAGCUUUCCCAUAGCGCCUUGUAGAGGGAAAACCUAACUUCCAGGGAGGUGGGUGAUUGUUUACUACACUAGCAAAGUGCUUUGUGGUCUCUUGCUUCAUUGUCUCCUCAAUAGCCUUGUUAGGCUGGGUCACUGCUAUUAAAAAAGUGUUGCGGGUGGUGAUCUGUCAGGCUGAUGAGACUGGUGUGCCCAUGGCUACUUAGUGGCUGGUUCCGUGUGACUCUGAGCCAGGUUCUAGAAACAUAGGAAGCUGCCUUAUACUGGUUCCACUGGCUCAGCAUUGUCUACAUUUACACUGUCUGGCAGCAGCUCUCCAAGGUCUCUGAGAGGAGGCAUUCCCAGCGCUACCUGGAGAUGCUGGGGGGAUUAACCUUGGCCCUUCCUCGUUCAGUACAGGUUAUCUGCCACUGAGUUAUCUAGCUUAUUGUGGUUUACAGGGCAUGAGCUGUGUGCCCAUGCACAUGGCCUGAUUGCUUCUGCUUGCUCUUCCCCCUAGCAGGAGCAGGAGAAACAAAUCAGCCAGCCUUGGCUUUGCAGACUGACCAAGCCCAGGGUUUGUGGUUUUGGUUUUCUCUAACAAGCCACAGCAAACCAACAGCAAAUCAUGGGUUUGGACUGGCCAGCAAUUGUGGCUUGUUAGGGAGCAAUAGAUCGCGGCCCCUUGUUUAGCCAUAACACAAAGUCUUAAGUUUCUGUUUCAUUUAUUCUCCUUGCUCUAGGGCAGGGCUGACGUAGGGACAGCUGGGCAGCGAUGUACAGCACCCUGCCCAGGCUCAGUAAACCAGAAGGUCUGGCUUAUGACAUGUGAACAUGACCACUGUUUAAAAGAGAUGAGACUUCAUAUGGCUUUCCCAGGUUUUAAGUCCUCCAACUGCUUCCCAGUUAGGUUGGUGAGAGAGGAGUGGGGUUUGCUGACAUAUUAAGUUGGUUGUCUGCUUGUCAGGCCAUAACUCAGUGGCAGAACAUCUGCUUUGCAUGCAAAAGGUCGCUGGUUCAAUCCUCACCCUCUCCAGGUAGGGCUUGGAGAGACUCCUCCUGCCUAACAUCCUGGAGGGGUCUGACUCUGUAGAAGGCAGCUUCCUGUGUUCCUGGUAUUCUUUAAAAUAAAGGCAGAGCCCAAGAGUGAAGGCUAGCUUGCUUCCAGUUCUGGUUUUAAUUUGUGGAAAUGCACCCAUAAAGUUUUUGUGUGAUGAAGGUUGCGAUCCUAACCCCACUUUACCUGGGAGGAAGACCCACUGAGUUCUGGGCGGGUAUGGUUAGUCUUGCACAGGGCAGCUGCCUCAUUAGAAGGACUUACACCAUAUUUGUUUCAGAAACUAGACAUGUGUCCGUCCAUCUCUUUGGAGGCAGGGCUUGAACCUGGAGAAAGGAAAUUAAUUAAGAUGGUGCCUUUGACCAAGUGGAAGUGUCCAUUCUUAAAGAAAAUUUGUUCCUGGAACCAGUAUUUGAAAUUUGCCAGGUGCUAGGCAAAUUUGGCACCUGGCUAUCUGCCACUUGCGACCAAGUGAAUAUGUUUCGGCGCCUGGAUGGUACCUGAUGUCUUUGACAUCUGGAGGUGCAUGCCUGGGGGACCAUUGGAUCGUGCCUGUUUUCACACACUAACAUUACAUCCUGUAGAAUUCUAUCUGUGAUAUUUUAUCUGCACAAUCAGAAUAUAGCUUAUAUAUCUGAAUUUCUAACACUCCCCAUACGUGCUUAGAUGGCCCUUUUCCAGCUUGAAAAGCAAAGACAACUUCUCUAAGUUUCUCUGGCUGGCUGCCUCAGUUACAAUUCUUACUUGCUACCAGAAGCAAAGUGGCUAACUACAAGUUGGACUUUUCCAAAAGCCAAUUUUGGCAUUAAGCUGUACUCAGUUGUAUUCAGUGGAAUAUCUCUGUUGGUACAGCAUGAGAGUCUUAGUAUCAGAGUUGUGGGUUCGAGCACCACAUUGGGCAAAAGAUCUCUAUAUUGCAGAGGUUGGCCUGGAUGACCUUUGGGGUCCCUUCCAACUCUACAAUUCCACAAUAAACCUAGCAAUUUAGAGUGUUGCCCAAUUAGCCAUAUGACUUGUAUUGGCUUGAUCAAUCUGUGUCAAUGUAAGUAUAGCUUAUCAAGAAAUAAGCCUCUACGGAGCCUAUCUUGUGUGAGUUGUUGUGUUUAGAAGAAGCCAAGUGAGAACAGACACUCAUUAAGGGAUGCAACAGCAGACAUUUCUGCAUUUGUCUCUGUGUCCAGAGUGGCUUGAAUGCUCCUGUUUGCAUGCAGAGGUAUGGCAGGCUGCUUCCUUUCUAGAUAUGGCGCCUCAUGGUACACAGUUUGAUGGCUGUGAACCCUAAUGGCUCAUCUUGACAAAUUGAUUGCAGAUGUGAACUGAGGAUGUGUUGAUAACUCCACAAGGCGGAUUUUACUUUGAUAGAUAAAAUACGGUAAAUAGGAUUGCAUCCCAACUAAGUUAGUCAUGUCCUUCCUUUCAGUAGGUCUCCUCUGAGUAGGAUCGGGGAUGUUUGACUCAAAAGUUUCAAGUGCAAAUCAUUUGUCGAACAUUUUGCAUCAAUUUUACCACUUCAAAAUAACCAAUCUGGCUCAGUCCAGCGACGAAAGUGUAAAAUUCUUAAGAGUUAAAUUAUGCCACUUUUGCUGAGUUCCUACAGAAUUGCGACUUACGGAACAGCUGGGGUUCACAGCCACACCAUUGGCUGCUGUGUGAUAUUUGUAGGGGUGGGAAAUGUUUAGUUUCACAAGUUCGUUAAAAAGAAUGAAUGGAUGCCUAUUUCAAGUCAGGUUGUAGAUGAGCUUGGCAACGUACGAGUUUUUAGCUUUGUUUACUAAAUACCAGUAAAAUAAACAUGCUAGAUUAGAUCGCUCUCUAGGGCAGUGCUGGGAAACCUUGAGCUAUGAGAACUGUUAUUUUGCCUGCAGCAUUGUUAACCCUAAACCAUGCCUGCCUGUCUGCCCAUCACCUGGUGUCAUAUGAUAUCAGGUGUGGGUGAGGUAAGUUCAGCCAAUCCAAACUGAACAGGAGAUGUUCUCCCAAUUCUUAUGUUCUGUGCGCAGGUAAAAUUUCUUGCUUUUUGAAUACGACACCUUUUUUGUUGUUGCUGAACUGCAGUGACAGAAAAGGCACCAAACACAAAAAGUACAGAAUUAUUUCUGGAUAGCAACCUGCCCCUGAAAUAAAAUCCUGUUAAGCAUGCUGGGAAUUGUAGCUCUGUGAACUACAGUUCCCAGGAUUCUUUGCGGGGGGGGGGCUGAGAGCCAAGGGUGGUGUGCAGAUUGAGAGCUGGUUCCUAGAGGAGUGAUUAAUGACAUGUGUUGCCAGCAGUCACAACUUUGCUGCCGUUUGGAAAGCGAUGGGUCUGUGUGUGUGGUUCGCCCUCCCCCUCUUUCCCCUUUGGGAUCUCACUUCUCUCCCCGCCCCCAGUUAAUUUAUUGAAACAGCAGGAGAGUAUGUGGGAGAGAAAGGGUUGGGUGGAGGUGGCAGUUUAUCCUCCCAAAAGCCUCCGUGAAAACAAAACUACUCCAUGUGUCCUGUGUUGUCUAGGAUCGUUGGUUCAUCCCCCUCCCCCCCCUUGUGUUGGGGGUGCAAGGAUCUAAAUAGACAUGUUAAUUUCAUGCCCUCCUAACAGGGCAGCCCCCAUCAAGCAGCUGUUGAUCUAGAGCUGGCUGACAGCUGUUAAGACAAAUCCUUUGUUUAGGAUGGGGAUUAUCUCAAAACAGAGGUUCGGAGGCCUUGAAUUCUCUCUGCACACCCAAAUAAAGAUGCUUGGGGGGGAAAGGAUGGGUUUCAGGGGGAAACCAGACGUGGACGUUCUCGUUGGAAUAUGCUGCCUCUGGUGAGCAGGGGAAAAAAGAAGUUUGCUGCCGGAUAUUUCAGUGGCAAAGUCUGGUUUCAUACUGCUGGAUGUGUUAUGCUGCAACUGAAAAUAGGCUUCCUCCCCUCCUUGUGCCCCUCUGCUUAGGCUCAUUCAUUUGCAUGACAAAGUGGAGGCUUAAUGCAACUUUGCCAUGGUGAGUGGAGGUAUGCAGAGAGGCACCCCCUUGUUUCGAGGGAGAAUGGGGCAGGUCUUGAUAAAGGGGUGACUGUCUCUCUGGGUUCCCCUGUGCUGGCUUUGGUUACUUGCAUUUUGUAGAUGCGGUUUCUUCAACUGUGCCAUGGCGAUGACCUCAAGCUCCUUAUGACUGGGUUGCCCAAAUGUCUUGUCUGCAUCUGCGAAGACAAUUUGUUUGGAUGGUAUUCGUAAUAGGGCUGCCAUGGUGGUGGUCCCGCAGUUAAGUGGAAUUAGACCUUGCUCUAAGUUGGGCAGGACCCAUCCCAUGUGGUCUUUACAUGGGCCUUGAAGACCUCCUCUUUCAUGAAGGCCUUCGUGUAAUAUAAAUGGGGGUUUCUAUGCUGGGGGUCUGCUGACAUUUCUUUUCGCUGCUGGUGUAUUUUAGUCUACUUUGUACUGUCUUUUAGGGCUAGUGUUGCAAUAAAGUGGAUAUAUUGAAUUGCUACCUUUGUAUAUUUCGUUCUGUUGUGAACAGCUUUGUGGAGCAAGUGCUCAAAAAUCCUAUCAUCUUUGUUUUUAAUUGGUGCAAAUGGAAGUUGUGUUUUCAUCUGGUAAAGUUAAGUUCAUUGUGGUUGCUGAUUCCCCCCUUGCCACCCUUCUGUUCUGUGGAUCAUUGGCUCACCUUUUACAGGUAAGAGCCACAGUGGAGUAUGGAAGUCCUUGUUGUCUCUUAAUUUCCUUCCCUUCCUUCAAGGAGCACAGCGGGGUCCCUGGAAUUGCUUGUCAUCUUUUUAUUUCUAGACAGUUAUAUCAAACGUUAGUCACAUUCAGAACAGAUGCAUUGAAAUGAAAUAACAAGAGUGACUUUGGUCCAUUAAUGUCAAUGGUUCUUCUCCGAGCAGAACUUAGUUGGCCUCAGCUUGUCUUCUUGAAUUUCAGCUAAAGCAGGGGUACAAACCUGGUGGCCCUACAGAUGUUGGUGGACUACAAAUUCCAUCAUCCGUGACCAUUGUCUAGGUUAAGAUCCUUCCUCUAGUAAAACUAAAAACCCAACAAAGUCUUAAACAGUCUUUUAAAGCAUGGGUUCUACCUCUAAACACGAUGGUGUUUGUACAUAGGAUAGCUAGCUCUCCGUUUUUACCCUCACAGCAACCCUGUGAGGUGGGCUAGACUGAGAGGCUGGCCCAAGAUCACCUGGUGAGCUUCAUGGCCAAGUGGGGAUUUGAACCCUGAUCUCCCAGGUCCUAGCCUGGCACUCUAACCACUGUGCCACCACUAAAACUCUCCAGUAUUUUAGGGUGUGUGUGAGAUGUUAAGUUUAAAAAAAAUAUUCUCUGCCAUGAAAUCACAAAAGCUCAAACACAAAACAAGCAACAGUUAUGGCAUUCCUGCAAGGUAGUGUUAAAAUGAAAUUUCUAACUCAUUUAAAUUGCUUUGCAAUGAGCGCAAUUUGCAUACCACAUUUCUGCGUAUUGGAGAUGAUGAACAGGUGGCCGCUUUGCACUUAUUCUGCAAUAUCUAUUCAGAAGCUAUUGCCCCUGGAUGUGAGUGGAAAAUGUGCAGUUAGGUACUGAACAAUCUUGAGCUUUUGAAAAUUAGGAAAACCAGUGCAUCUUGGCUGUCUCAUUUCAGGAACCUUGAGUAUUUUUGCCAUCAUAGCUCUGCACUCAGGAAGCUUGGUUUCUUAGGAACUUGAAAAGACAUAAAAGUCGUGUUCAAAUGCUACUUUCCCAGAACCUGUGACCAUGCUGAGAUUAGGAGCGGAUCUUGGGCUUGAAGACCUGCUCACUCACUUCCCUGCCUCCACCACCGUGCAUGCUGCAUAACCAGAGCUGUGAUAUUGCAGGAGCACUGGGCAAAGUGCAAAGAUUUGUAUUGUCACCGAAUUCAGCUUUUUGAGAAUCUCUGCUUUUUUAAGGCAAGCAUCUAGCCCUCCUGACUGUGAGUAUAUAGAAUGGACAUGCUCCCUGUCUUGGUCAUAGCUCAGUGAUAGAGCACCUGCUUUGCUUCCAGAAGGCUCCAGAUUCAAUUCUCAGUGGCAUCUCUGGGAAUUUCCCCUGCCUGAAACCAUGGAGAGGUGCUGUCAGUCAUUUUAGACCAGUGAUUAGCUUAUAUAUCUGAGUUUCUAGCACUGGACCCAAGUUUGAAAAAGGCUGGUGUAGGCAGUACUGAGUCAGAUGGAUCAAUGACCUGACUCUAAACAAGGCAGCUUCCUAUGUUCUGGGGUAGGGCAAGUAUUGGCUGAAAAAGCUUCAUGGUGCCUUGGGGGAAGUGCUUUGGAGGAGGUCUGAAUCUCUGGGGUAGAGGAUCUCCUCGGCCUUCGGGAGGUCCCAGGCUCAACCCCCAGCAUCUCCAGGUAGGGCUGGGAGAAAGACCCCUAUGUGAAACUCUAGACAGUCUCUUGUUCAUCAGUGCGGACAGCACUGGGCCAAAUGGAGCAGUGGUCUUGUUUGGGCUAAGGCAGCUUCCUGUGUUCUUUGGGGGUGUUGGUGUCGCUUGCCUCUUGGGCAGGCAUUCUGCCAUGGGUAAGUCCUAGGGUGCAGUGAAAAGAGGGGUGGGAAAGCAGCUGGGUGCCAAGGAUCUCAGGCGGUGGUGUGUAGCUAAUGUCUGGAGUUUCAUCUUGCCAGCUGGGAUGCUGAGCUUUAAUUUAUGCAUCGUGGCCACUCUUCCCUUGUCUGCCGUCCAGCCAUAAUUCGCCCGCCAGCCAUCCCCCUUGUUGUGUCGCUCACGGGCAACCACUUUUAAUCUGUGCAUUGAUUCCUUGACUUCAUUAAUUAAUCUGCAAGGCUUUCAAGAGACAGGGCUUGGCAACGGUCCGAAAGCUGGAGCAAAUCUGCAUUUGUGUUUUAUGUGAAACUCUGUGGCAUCCUGGCAACUCCACAGCAAUUUCACUCCUUCUGUGUGGUUUAAGACCUUUGAAAUGUCCCAAACCAUCUCGCGGAGGCUGUUACUGCGGAAAAGCAACAGCUAAUCCUCAACUUGAUCUGUAUUGCAGGUGGAGGGGUGAGGAGGGUGAGAGAGAGAGAGAGAGAGAGAAGGGAAGAUGCAUUGAAUGAGCCCUGGGGGAAUCUGGGAGAGUUUGGUCCCCAUUGUGUGUCUCUCUAGUCCACAGCUGCGCCUUGUCCAUUCAUUUUUGUCCUGCAAACGUGUGCAGUGACGCGGCAGGAGCCCUGCCACAAACUGUUCUCAGACUGGGUGUGCUAAAGAUUCUGGUUUUCUUUUUUAAUAGUCUGUGGGCUUAGCCAUGCCAUCUUGCCAAGUGUGAUCCAGCCACAUACUUUCUUUUGUUCAACUCCUCCUUUCCCCCAAGGCAGUCCUUGGACACAAAAGUAUUUUGCACCCAGAUCCACAGGAUGUGGGAAGGGUAUGGCAAAGGUGCAUUGGGGAGAGCCUUAAAUUCUGGGGCCAAGGAAGAACUUUGCAACUCCACACCUUUAAUAUAUAUAACCUGUUUAAUCUCCUGUCCCAAAUUGUCAAUUUCAUUUCUCUUACUGGAAAUAUCGGUGGAGAUUUUUCAUUUUUUUAAAUGGUUUAACAAUGCACUGAUUGAACAAGUGCUUUCUUUUAUGUGUCUAGAAGCUUACCCAGAAGUCUGUGGUGAGGUACUUUGCCAAAAGUUUUGUGAAAGUCCAUGUAUACUAUGUUAACUGGAUUACCCCUAUCUAUAUGUGUGUAGACUCUCUUCUCUUAAAGGUAAAGGGACCCCUGACUGUUAAGUCCAGUCGUGAACAACUCUGUGGUUGCAGUGCUCACCUCACUUUACAGGCCGAAGGAGCCGCCGUUUGUCUGCAGACAGCUUCUAGGUCAUGUGGCCAGCAUGACUAAGCCGCUUCUGGCAAACCAGAGCAGCGCACGGAAACACCGUUUACCCUCCCGCUGGAGCGGUACCUGUUUAUCUACUUGCACUUUGACAUGCUUUCGAACUACUAGGUGGGCAGGAGCUGGGACCAAGCAACGGGAGCUCACCCCAUCAUGGGGAUUUGAACUGCCGACCUUCUGAUUGGCAAGCCCUAGGCUCUGUGGUUUAGACCACAGCGCCACCUGCAUCCCAUAUGUGCGUGUAGACUCUCUUCUCUUAAUGUACGCUUAAUAAGUUGUUGACAUUACUGAGCAAGAUGGCUCAGUGGUCUCUCUGUAUAAGGCAGUGCUAUCAAAACCAGAUCAGCAAGGAACCCCCAGUGGCACUCAACAGCCGUCAUUUAAUGAGGCACAGGAGAAUGGGAAGAGGUUUUUAGCUCUUUCUUAAAAGUCAUUGACAAUUGUGGCAGACUGACUUCCCUUAGUAAAGUGUUUGCUAUGCUGGUUGGGGCUGAUGGGAGUUUUAGUGUAGAACAUCUGGAGGGCACCAGGUUGGAGAAGGCUGCUUGAAUGCUCCCAAGGAUGCUUCUUAGAACGGUCCCUUUCGAGUUCCAGAUAAGAAUGUGAACCUGUUCCUUAUAUAUCAGUAGUUCUAGAACUAUGAUAUGUGGAAGUGUUGUUGUGGAGCCAUUGAGAAAUAUCUGUAUUGAAUAUCUAUCUUUACUUGUCCUUGCAUGGGAUUCUGCCCCCACCCCCAAAGAUGGAGAUCAGUUUUGCAGAACAUCUUAGUUCAUAAAACAUCUUAGUUAACAUCCAUCACUCUAGAGCAGUGGUUUCCAACCUUUUUUUGACCAUGCCCCACCUAAGCAUCUCUAAAAUCCUGAUGCCUCCCUCCUCCCAUGACAUAUAAUUCUUAUUAUUCAAAAAACGAACUCCUAUUCACAUGGAGGAAGCCUAAAAGGCCAUUAACAUGGUCUAACACAUUCUUAAAUUGGCCCCCCAUAAAAAUCAAAUUGCCCCCCUGUGGGGCAUGUGCCCCACAUUGGGAACCACAGCUCUAGAGAGUAAAGACAAGGGUUAUUAAAAGUGAGUUGAGGAUGUGCCUUGAUUUGUAGAACUAAUAAAGUUUAUUAAGUUGUCUGCUUAGACCCGCCCCCUGCCCCCGCAGUUUUCAAGUGGUCUGCAUUGAGGUUUAGAACUACCGUUCCCAGUGAGGAAUUAGACUGUGUUGAAAGGAAGCGCAGCAGCAGCAGCCUCACAGCAGAGUAAUCCAGAGUAUACCAGUAAGCCAGAAAGCAAAGCGCAGCAGUGUGGCUUGGGAUAAGAGGAUUCCUCUACUUUCUCUAAGCAGUGCUCUUGGGCAAUGGGGGUCAGGGGCUGUUUAAGGUGAAAUGUGGUGGAUAACACCCAGCAGUGGCGCUCUGGCUCCUGUAGACUAGCUACAGGGGUUUAAGCAACAGACGCAUUGACCGUGGAAGUAGAAUGAAGGGAAACACCUGGGGUGCCUGCCCUGCAUGCAAAUCGGCCAUUGAAAGAUGGUUCAACACCUGGUGGGUGUUGUUGUUUUUUAAAAUGACUUUACAUUAAAUCAUGUUUUCAGUGUGGAAGUAUCUGUUCAACGUGGUAGGUGAAAAAGCGACCUGCUAGCUUGCUCUGGGGUGUGCUAUUCAAAUCCUUUGCAUGUUUACUCAGAAGUAAGUCGCACUGUGUUCAUUGGGGCUUACUCUCCAUUAAGUGUGUGCAAAAUUGCAGCAGGUCAGGCAGUGGUGCAGGUCUUCUUUGGUUGACAGCCGAACCAAAGUAAAGCACAUAAAACAAAAUUAAAUGUAUAACAAACAAGACUAACAAUGUAUUCUAAGAAUUCAAGAGAAGAGCAAAAAAACACCCACAAUUGAGCAUGGUCAGUAUAAGGUAGGGACACACACACACACACACACACACACACACCCCAGGGAGGAGAAAAUAAGAGAUGUGUGAUUAAGGAACUGGCCAUCUCAGUAAUAGUUUCCUUAAAAGACAACAAACCAUUCCUGAUUCUCUCCAGAGCUGGUCCUUGAGAUGUGUGACUGGGUGUGUUACUUGGGAUCCUGUCCCAGGCAGAGAAAUGGCUAACUCUACCUCCUGAAACUUUCUACUUCUGCUGGGGGUCUCUGGCAGCAUUGGGUUUAAACAGUUUCUACUGCAGGGCUGAGCAGACUUUAGACUGAUCAAAUUGCUUUUUGUUGCUUAUUAUAAGAGCUACCAACCACAGAGCCAGGUGCAAAAGAGAGUAGUGUUUGAGUUGAAGAAAAGUGAGCAUGUCCUGACCUUAGGAUUUGUUUUCAGCUCAGGAACUGAAGCGAGUUCACAGUCCCUUUGCCCAAGGGGCCAACUCCUACUUCACAUUAUUCAUUUCAGUGGCCUAAUUUAGUUGGGAAAACUCAUUCUGCUGUUGCUGUUGUUAAAGAACUGGGGGUCAGAACCCCUGGCUGACCUACUGUCAGUCACUCAGAGAUCUACUGGUAGAUCAGGAUCUACCACCUGCCAACCCCUGCUCUACAGAACACUGUUUUAGUCCUUUUUCCUAAGUGGUGUGGGCUGCCAAUUUUUGUCUGUGGAUGGUCAGGCUGGUUGAUGGUGCCUACUGAUUCAUUUAUUUUUAAGGGCAAUGAAUCCUCAUCAUCUUCAGGAAAAUCAUGGCAGAUAAUUAGCUGGUUGUUGCCUAACUUAGUUGCACUAAGUUUCUGCUGAAAUCAAUGGGACAAGUUAGUUACAACAUAAAUAAGUAAUGACUAAUUUGUCAUACUUAUUUCAUUGGGACCCAAAUUCUGCUAACUUAGUCUGGAGCCAACCCAAUGUUUGCUUUGCACCCAGCAUCUACCAUAACCACUACCAAGACCUCCCCACUAAAUGCAAGGUUUUCAUUUGAAAUUUUAAAAUGCAAUAUUAAACACAUACAACAACAACUGAUUGUCCACCACCCUCCUCGCUGAGGCUUGUAAAUCAUGUUGCAAUUCUGGAGAGCUGUGUUGGGUGGGAUGCAGGGCUGAUAAUAGCAGUUUGUGGUACGAAGAGGGCUCUUCAGAGAUGGAUGCUGGCCUCCGGGUGACCUUGUAAGGGAGCAGACUCCCAAGUCUGUUCACUGGGGAAGCCGGUAGGUUAAAGGGCAGGUUGAGAUUGAUUGUAGGGUGGAACCUAUUGCUUCCCGGAAUUGCAUGCGAGUGACUUGACUUAAAAAGAACAGCAUGCAAUUGAUCCUUCCCAAAUGUUCUUUCUCUGGGAAGAGUAGUUGAAGAGAGCUAAUUUCCCUCUACGAGAUUUCCCUUCUGUACUCUGAAUCAUCACCACACUUUACCUGAAUCUUCACAUGGCCACAGAAUGGAGUGGUAUAAAGAAGGGCUGUGCAGACCACAGGUAGAAUGACAUUUAUUUUUCUUACUGCUGUGUGUGUGGUUUAAAUAAAAAGCCACCCUACAAAUAAAAAGCAGGAGAGAGAGGUGGGUUAGACCUUUAUCACCAACAUUCUAGAUUUAUUAUUGCAGGAAGUUUUAAAAAAUCCUUAAUAGUGUUGAUCAUCCUGAAGUGGUACAGCUCACUUUGUACAGCCUCAUGACUUGUACCACUUAAUUCUGCUGCCAAGUAGGAAACAGUGCUUAGAGUGGGAUAACUCAGUGGUAAAGCACCUGUUUUGUAUGCAGAAAGAUUCCUGGCUCAAAUGCUGGCAUAUUCCAUUAAAAUCAGUAUCUAGGAGCUGUGUGUGCAUAUAUAUCUGUUUUGGACCCUGUAGCAUCCUCUGCCAAACUGGUACUCUUUCGGACUUCAACACCCAGCAUAGCCAGUAGUCAGGAAUCAUGGGAGCAGUGGUCCAGAACUUCUGGGGGGCACCAGGUUGUGGAAGAUGUUGCUGCUCAGAGCAGAUAAUGCUGUGCCAGACAGACAAAUAGUCUGGUCCAAUAAAAGGCAGCUCCUAAGAAUAUCAUAAGAGCCUUGCUGGAUAAGGCCAGUGAUCCAUCUAGUCCAGCACCUUCUUCUUACAGUGGCCAACCAGAUGCCAAUGGGAAGGCCACAAGCAGGCCCCGAGCACAACAGCACUCUCCCACCCUGCAAUUUCCGCAAAUGUUAUUUAAAGGCAUACUUCCUCUGACAGAGGAGGUCUAGUAGUCCUUGACACAGAACACAGCCAUCAGGGCUAGUAGUCAUUGAUAUUCUCAUCCUUAGUGAAUUUGUGUUACCCUCUUUAGAAGCUGUCCACUUUAGAGGCCAUUGUUACCCCUUGUGGCAGCGAAUUCCAUAAUCCAGCACCCUCUUCUCACAGUGGUCAGGCAGGUGACUCUGGGAAGCCUGCAAGCAAGACCUGAGCAUGGCAACAUCCCCUCUAGUGCAUCCUGCCUUCAAUACUGUAAAUAGUACCUAGCCAUAAUAUUUAGUGGUUAUUGGUAGCCUGUCCUCCAUGAAUUUGCCUAAACCCCUUGUAAAGCCACCAGAGAAGGUGGAAGCGAAAUCCACAAUUGAACUAUGUAUGUGUGGUCUAAAAUCUUCCAUCAUUCAGCUUUACUGUCUGGUGCCAGGUUCAUUUUACUCCAUGCUGUGCAUAAUUCUACACACCUUUAUCAUGUCUCCUUGCUUACUUGCCUGUUUUCUAAACUAAGAUGCCUUAAAUGCUGCAACUUUUCCACACAGGGGAGUCACUCAGGCCCCUUGAUCAUUUUGGUUCCCCUUCUUCACCUUUCCCCCAGCUUUACAAUAUCCCUUUUUUGAGGCACAGUGACCAGAACUGUCCUGUGUUCCCAUGAACAUGAUGCCGGCUGGGGCAGUCCAGGUGUUCUGGGAGUACAGGGUCCACCAGCUCCAGCCAGCACAAACUGUCCAGCCACUAGCAUCUGGGAAUUCUACUUGGUCCGUCCCACACCCCUUUGCCUCUAGUUCUAUUAGGAACCCUUCAGUGAGGUUGGGGGUUGAAAACUUCAUUAUUUCAGGCAGAUUCCUUUGCCACUUUGCAUCUCAUGCAACACUGUUGGCACCAGGGAAAUCUGACUCUUUACUCUUGUUCUCCAUGAAUUUUGGGGUUCCUUUGGUUUCGGUUCACUUUUGUUCUUUGAAUCAAUCUAUUGUGAAUCUUUGGUUUGAGCUUCCCCCCCCCCUUCCAAUGUUGCCGAACAACAACUCUCCAACCUUCUGGACCAAACACCUCUGUAUCCUACAAACCACCAAGGUGCAUGCAUUGUGUCUAUCUUACCAGCACUGUUGCAUUUGACAGGCCUAAAAAUAUUAUAACUGAGCUUUUCGUUUGUCAUUCCUGUGUUUAAACUUUGCAGCCAGAGGCCCCAGGAAUUAGGCUGGGAACUGGGGAAUUGCUUUUGGUAGGUGAGGGCUGUCCAGUGGAACUGGGUUAUCAGAGAGAUUGAGGGAAAGGUUACAGUGGGAGUGCAUUAUGCCAGGAUGAGGUGGAGAUGUAUUACUUAAAAAUCCAGUGCUGACUCCCUUUUAAGUGAUGGGGUCAUAUUGUCACAGGUAGUUGAACUUCAGACUUGUCAUCUCUUUGGAAAGCUCUUUGCGCCACUCUUUCCCAUAAUUAAUCAAUGUUCCUAUAUAGCAUUGGGUGCAGUCUCAAUCAUUUACUUGGGACUACAACUCCUUUGUGGGAUGCAGGUGGCACUGUGGGUUAAACCACAGAGCCUAGGACUUGCCAAUCAGAAGGUUGGCGGUUCGAAUCCCCGCGACUGGGUGAGCUCCCGUUGCUCGGUCCCUGCUCCUGCCCACCUAGCAGUUCGAAAGCACGUCAAAGUGCAAGUAGAUAGAUAGGUAUCACUCCGGUGGGAAGGUAAACAGUGUUUCCAUGCACUGCUCUGGUUUGCCAGAAGCCGCUUAGUCAUGCUGGCCACAUGACCCGGAAGCUGUACGCUGGCUCCCUCACCCAAUAAACCGAGAUGACUGCCGCAACCCCAGAGUCGGCCACGACUGGACCUAACGGUCAGGGGUCUCUUUACCCUUUACCUUUACAACUCCUUUGGCCAUGCUGGCUGAGGCUUAUGGGGACCUCUGAAAUGCCACAGGUUGACCACCCUUGAUCUAAAGCAUUGGUCUUCAACUGGUGGGUCUGGGCGCAUUACCAGGUCACAGCCUGACCUAGGAUGGGUCACAAUAGCAGUACCCCAUUGUGCAAAUACACGGCAACAUAUUAAGUAAUGGGUCCCCGGAUGUGUGUGUAGGCUAAAGUUUGGUCCUCAGUUUGGAAAGAUUGAAGACUACUGCUGUGACAUUUUAAAAUAUCCUCUCCUCUUUCUUUUGUCUAGCAACCGCUGCAGGCACUUACCUGCCACCCCUGCAGCAGGUAUUUCAAGCUCCUCGCCGGCCCGGGAUAGGAACUGUCGGGAAGCCAAUCAAACUCUUAGCCAACUACUUUGAAGUAGACAUUCCCAAGAUUGACGUCUAUCACUAUGAAGUUGACAUCAAGCCAGACAAGUGCCCUCGCAGAGUCAACAGGUAAGGCAAGUAUUAGCGUUUAGCAAUUUCUCCUCUUGUCCAGCCCUUUAACUGGGAAGAAGCCAAAGGCCUUGGAGAAAACGCAUGCAGAGCCCUGCAUCUCUUCUCCUCCCCCAUCCAGCUAGUUCUGAGAGCCCCACUUCCAAGCACACCUGUUGCAGCUCUUUCUGCCCAGUGGAUACUUGGCACUAUUUAGCUUUGCUACGAGUGAAGUUGCCGCUUUUUGCACAGGUGGGAGCUGACCCUGCAAGCUGAUGCUUAGACCGGCAGUGAAGUGGCUUUCCUGCAGCAUCUCUCUCUUCCUUCCUCUCCGCCCACACUGGGAAUUCGGCCUCUCUCUUCGCCCCAUCUCUGGCCAUGCACUGGCGGUGGCGGCUUGAGAGAUAACUGGGCUUUGGGCUCUAUCACUGGUCAGCUUACAGCAGCUGUGUGAUCUUGGCUGCGGUCCCAGGCUUUUAAAAUAGCCAUCCUUAGGCUUUGGGCAAUUGUACUGCUGUUUAAAACUCUGCUGUUCGUUUAAUUCUUUGCUUGGGAAGGUCAGUAUUGAGAGCUAUCUGAAUUAAAGAAUGAAAAUUCUGCAAGGAGCACAUGCGUAGAGCAGCUGAUUAAAUUUUGUACCAGUUUUGUUUUAACUUGCAUAAUUCUGGCUUGGUUAUCCAUGAAGGUGUGAGAGACCUAUAGAGGCUCACUCCCCCCCGCUCCUGAAUACCAAACUCAGGCUUCUGAGAUGUCAGCUGAAGGCAUUGUAGAGUUGGCAUGCUGGUCAAAUAUUUCAAGACUGCUACUAGGUAGAGGGCAGUGUAAUUUAAAAAUAAAAAUUAUGGUGCCAUUUGUUAGCAAGGACAGGAACAUGGGCUACUUGUCCCCUAGCCUUGCAGCAGCUAGGGGCAAGUGUGCCCCCACUGGCCACCUGCUUAUAACUGCAAGCAUAUUGCAACUAUCAACGCAAGCAGUCAUCACUGGCAAAGGUCAACAUGGCAGACUAGGACCAAGGAGGGGAGUUCAUUAGAUGGACAGGUUGCGCCCAGCCAACUUCACCUACUUCGUGUAGUUAUUGGUGAUGGUACAUUUUUUUGUGGGAGAAAUUUAUAUAUCUCCCUAUCCUUUGGCAAGUGUGGAAUAAAAAUGCAGUAACAUUAAUUAUUACCUUAAAAAAACAACAACUGGCAGUCAGCCCAGUUACAAAAAAAUAAUAAUUAAGUGGGGAAACAGUUGAUCUUCUUAUUUCCUAAUGGCAAUGCUUUAAAGUCCAACCCUCCAGAUGUGUUGGACUUCGGUUCCCAUACUGCUAAGGGGAACUGUCGUCUAACAACAUCUGGAGGGCACCAGGUUGACCAAGUCUACUUUAAACAUGCUUGACCAUGACUUGUCAGUAUUUGCCUGGUCAGUGUUGCUUUUGAUCAUUUCAGGGCAUUACCCAUAGGCUUAAGUAACUUUUAUGAUAAACAUCAAAAUUAUUCAAAUAAUUUUUUUUAGAAAACAUAUUUAGCAUAUCAUCAAAGGCAAUUAAAAAUAAGAUUUUUUUGGAGGAAAACAUUUAUACAAAUUUCAUACUUCUUCACUGGUUAGUGUGUCAGCUGCAGUCUUUUUCUGGACAGGGAUAGCCUGGGUACAGUUAGCCGCACUCUGUGACACACUUUUUAUGAGGCCACCAUUGAACGCAAUUCAACAACUGCGACGAGUGCAGAAUGUGGCAUCCAGAGUGUGUAGGGGAAUAGAACUCAAGCAGGUACACUGGUUGCCAGUUACCUUCUGGUCACAAAACUAUGUGCUUAAGACAACAUUUAAAGCUCUGAAUGAUCCUCAGCCCAAAUAUCUGAGAGAAUUCUGUCUCCUGUAUCAACCUACCCUGCAUUAAGAUCAGAAGAGGCUUUCUGGGUCAUCCCUAUGUUAAAUGAGAUGCAUAAUGCAGGAAUGCAUGGUAGAGCCUUAAUGGUGGUAGCUCCAUGUCUGUAGGAUGACCUCUCCAUUGAAGUGCAUCUCACCCUAACUGUAUAUUUGGGAGGAAGGGUGGGGUAUAAAUGAAAAUAAUAAAAUUUGUUUUGAUGCCAGAUGAAAGAUCUCUUUUUGGUAGGCCUUCUAUUAUAAAUUGCAUACAUUUAUGUAAUUUCUGAGAAUGAUUUUUAAAAGUUUUUGCUGCUUAUUUUAUCCAAUAUUGCCUUUUGUUCUUUUUUCUUUUGGUAAACUACCCUGUGACCAUUUUUGGUGAAGAGCGAUCAAGAAACCUGCUAAAGAAACAAAUCAUUUACCAAGCAUUCUACCUCAUUUUUGCCAUUUCAGGUUAACCCAUCUGUCUCAGUCUAGCGAUGAAAGUAUUAAAUUCUGUCACUUUUGCUGUGUUUCUGCCGAAUUGUGGAGUUCACAACUACCUCAUUGGCUUCUGGGCAGUGUUUGUGGAUGGGAAUCUGAGAUUCGGGCUGGAAAAUGUCCUGUUCCACAAGUUCAUUAAUAAGAGUGAACGAAUGCCUCUUGCAAACACAACGUUAAACAAGCCUGGCAAUUUAUGAUGGUUUUUAAAGCUUUUUUUUUUUUACUAAAUUCCAGUAAAAUAAACAUGCUUUAUUAGAUUGCUCUCUAGGGCAUUAGUAAAUUUUCUAAUGCAAUCAGGGGUUUUUUUUUCCUGAUGCAGAUCACUAUGAUUUACAUAAGGAAAAUUUUCCAAUUCAGUUUUUUCCCCAGACAAGUUACAUCACUUAUGGGAAUGAGGGAAAAUACAAGAUCAGCCAAGGUGAUUGGCCAAGCAAUACGAAGUUGUUGUAUUAUAUAGUCUUGGUAAAGUUUAGGUGCUUAGCCUAUUGCACUCAUUUACUCAGCAGAGUAGUACCUUCCACUUGCUGCAUGUUAAGGCUUCAACUUUUCCCGCACCAGCCACUGACCCAAAUGAUCCUGAGUUCUCCCUCACCUUCUAGCUUGGCUGCUCCCAGUCCAGUCAUACAUUUGGUCCUAGUUUCUUACUGGAAUUGUGAACCCGCUAGCCAAUCCUUCUAGCUUCUCUCUUCCUCCCCCUCCCCUCCUGAUCUCUCUCUCUGCAGGGAGGUUGUGGAAUACAUGGUACAACACUUCAAACCUCAAAUCUUUGGAGAUCGGAAGCCGGUGUACGAUGGGAAAAAGAACAUCUAUACGGUCACUGCCCUGCCCAUUGGCAAUGAAAGGGUAAGAAGGCAGUGUUCUCUUGGGUGGUUGGGCUUCCUCAGGCACCCUCCUUUUUAAAGCCAGAAGGAUCAGGAGAAUUAAGAAGUUGCAUUGGUGUUCCCUUCUAUCUCUGCUGUCCAUCCAACAUGGCAGUGACUGAAAAUUACAUGGUCAGUCACUUGACAUCACCUUGAUGUCUGGCGACCCAGCUUCAGAGGAAAGAAUUGGGAACACACUCUUAAGUGCGUUUCCAAUUCUUUCUCCCUUUGUAUCCUGACUUGAACUCAAGCCCCUGAUGAAGGGGACUUGCAAAGCACUGUGCUUUCAGCUGGAAUUGUGUUUAAUGAAUGCCAGAGACAGCAGGAGCUUAACAGCAACUAUUUCGUUGUCUAAAAAUGACUAUACAACAGGCCUAACAAACUUACUAAUGCAACUUCUUUUUCUUCAAUCCUUCACUCUUAGUUCUAGUUCCAUACCAUAUAAGGCAGGGGUUCCAAAGCCAUAGUUCCAUGCCAUACCAUAUAAGGCAGGGGUUCACAAAACUCUGGACCGCAGGUACUCCAUGAGCUUCAUUCAGGUGGCCCAUAGCAUGUCUGAAUUAAAUAUUCAUAUUUAUUUUUUAAAUGUUUCCUUUAUUUCUUUCCUUGUAUUUUAUUGUAUUACAACCUGACUACUGUGGAAUGCAAAUCAUAACACACAAUAAAAGACAAUUUUAAGAAAUUAAUUUAUUUUUCUGUCAUUUGUUUGUAGGUUGACUUUGAGGUGACAAUUCCAGGGGAAGGCAAAGACAGGAUAUUCAAGGUUUCAAUCAAGUGGAUGGCCAUUGUGAGCUGGCGGAUGCUUCACGAGGCCCUGGUGAGCGGGCAGAUUCCUGUUCCGCUGGAAUCUGUCCAAGCCCUUGAUGUUGCCAUGAGGCACCUGGCCUCCAUGAGGUAACUAACUUUUGCGGUCAGGGAUUUAGUUAAUUUUUUUAGGGAAGAUGCACACAACUCUGGGCACAUCUUUUAUCCUGUUUUCACACAGAUAUAUUACAUCCAUGAAGCCAACGUGGCCUUGGGAAUUGUAUUUUUGUGGAAUUUUCUGUGAGGGAGUAGCUCUCUCACGCCUCUUCACUGUCUUCAGCUGGUGUCUAAAAGAGUACAGUGAUGGUGCCUACAUAAUAUCAAUAGGCAGGGUGUUCCAAAGCACAGGUGCUGCUUCAUUAAAGGAAAACAACUGCUUUCAAAUGCGGAAUGGACAUCGCUUGGCACUUGUAGAGGUGCAAGUCCCACAGAUUGAAGUGAUUGGAUUGGCAUGCAUGGAGCAAGGAAAUCCUUUAACUUGCAACUUUGAAGACUGCCCACCUCAAGAAAGAACUGGGCAAAAUUAUGCUAGUGACAAAUCUGUAAGAAGAUUUGAGGCCCAGGGACAUUCUUGAAGGGUUUUUGUGCCUCAGUCUAGACUUCAAAUAUCAAAGUUUGCUGUCCUACAUGGGUAUAGCAUGGGCUAAUGUUCUUCAUUUUCUUUGGCCUCCCCAGGUACACGCCAGUGGGCCGUUCCUUCUUCUCUCCCCCUGAAGGAUACUAUCACCCGCUGGGAGGUGGUCGGGAGGUCUGGUUUGGGUUCCACCAGUCUGUCAGACCCGCUAUGUGGAAGAUGAUGCUGAAUAUUGACGGUAACUAAAUGCAUGCAGUAAUGUAACCCUGAUAUAUAAAUAUCACUGUAAAACAUUCAGAAUACCCAACCAGAAGUCUGUGGCUGAAAAAGGAUUGUUGACAAUGUCUCUUAGGUUCUAUGGGGCCCUGUUCACCAGAGGUGCCUGAACUGUUGUGAUAGGUUCACUGGAGAACAAGAACCUGGUCAGAUGUAGCUUGCAUUGUGGUGAUUAUUUUGACAGUUCACAGGCACAGGUUUUCUGACAGCAUGCAUGGCUGGUGUUUCCCUAAGCAGCUUCAUAAAAGGCAGAGCAAAAAUGUAUUAUAUAAACAUAAGUAAACUUAUCUGGUUCUCUGCAAGUGUUGCAUUGCUUUUUAAAAUGUGAUUUUUCUAGAGCAUUUGAGGAGGGGGUUCAUUGGUUCUUGUUUUUAUUAUGAAUUUGGUGUUUAUAUCUUGUAUUUUUAUGCUGUGAAUGGCCCUGGGAUCUACGGAUGAAGGGUGGUAUACUAAUUCUAGUAGUAGUAAUCAUCGUCGUUGUCCUGGUUUCGUUAUGGAGUAUUUACAUGUUUUCCCACUAGUCAUUUGUUUAUCCCGCCGUUUUCUCUGUCACUUUCCAAACUGCAAAAAUUUCAUUGGAUUUGUUGAGCUAGGGUGACAGUACUUAAAUCCAUGUUAAUUGCGUAAACCUAAAGUUCUGGUAUGCGCUUGAACCCCUCCUGCAAAAUGGUGGCAGUCUGGAAGCACUCCUAGAGAAAGAGAGUCAAGAAAUGACCGUGAUGCCUGUGCUUCUGUUGCCUGGACUGACCUGCACUCUUGUCUGCUCACCCCACAACAGUAUCAGCGACAGCCUUCUACAAGGCCCAGCCAGUGAUUGAGUUCAUGUGUGAGGUGCUCGACAUCCGGAACAUUGAUGAGCAGCCGAAGCCCUUGACUGAUUCCCAGAGAGUCCGUUUCACCAAGGAGAUCAAAGGUAAAAGAGGGCAGAGACUCUAAAAGGCCCUAGUUGGCAAGUGGUUUUCUUUCAGGGCCGCAAAGGAAAUAGAUGCAAAGCAAAAGGCAGAAUUAAGAGGGGCAAUAUUUUUGAGACCGUGGUGGAAAGUCUGGGACACCCUAUCCCUCCUUUGCGUUCUGUGUUUUAUAUGUUGACUGGCUCAAUAAGCUGAUAAAUGGAUUGACAUCAGAUGUCUUUCUCUUUUGAUAGGUUUGAAAGUGGAGGUGACUCACUGUGGGCAGAUGAAGAGGAAAUACCGUGUGUGUAAUGUUACUCGGAGGCCGGCUAGCCACCAAACGUAAGGCUGUUAGCUUGGGGGAAGGGGAAGAGAUGCGUGGUGUGUGUUUGUGUGUUUCAGGAGAGGGGUGGCUGUUGUUACCUUGUGACAUUUAGCAUCAGUUGGGUAGCAUUUAGAAAGGGGGAUGAGAAAAAACACUGUUAGUCUGGUGAUGCAGGAAGCCUUGGGAACUGACUGAUGGGCACUUUCUUGGGAGAAGUGUGCACUGCUGUUAGGUGACUUGUUUCAGCUGUCAUUGUGGGGAAAGCUGUCCUGAAGCCUGAUGAAAUCCUGCAACUUCUCAUAAUACACAUGUUUUGGAGUUGUUGUUUGUCCUGCUUUUGUUGCCCUAUAGGGCAAGAGUGUUCUUCCAGAUAGCAAUAAUGCAGUAACGUUGGGGAAGCAUCACACAACAACUUACAAAGCGGAAUGAUGUGUGGAUGGUCCAGCAUAAAUUCACCACUAAUGUGCAAUACAAGUCGUAGAGUUCACCUGCAAAACCAAUCAGUCUGGAGAGGCUCGAGGUCUUUUUCCUGGUUUUGUACCGGAGUCACUAAACAGCUGUGGAUUUCUUCUGUGUAGGUUUCCUCUCCAGCUGGAGAGCGGUCAGACGGUGGAGUGCACAGUAGCGCAGUACUUCAAGCAGAAAUACAACCUCCAGCUCAAGUACCCCCACUUGCCGUGUCUUCAAGUCGGCCAAGAGCAGAAGCACACAUAUCUACCUCUGGAGGUGAAAACUCAUUUUUGGAAUGGGAUGGGGAAGAUGGCUUUGAAAUUCCUCAAGGCUUUGCUGUUAUAGUGGGGGGGGGAGUGUGUGUGUGUGUGUGUGUGUGUGUGUGUGUGUAUGCGCGCACGCCCUUGCAUGAGCAGUUAUGUUCUGUUUUGUACUCUUUCUUGUCCUUUUGAACCUUUUUCUUGUCCUUUUGAGAGCCAAUGUGGUGUAGUGGUUAAGAGCAGUAGUCUCGUAAUCUGGGGAACCGGGUUCGUGUCUCCACUCCUCCACAUGCAGCUGCUGGGUGACCUUGGGCCAGUCACACGUCUCUGAAGUCUCUCAGCCCCACUCACCUCACAGAGUGUUUGUUGUGGGGGAGGAAGGAAAAGGAGAAUGUUAGCCGCUUUGAGACUUCUGAAGGGGAGUGAAAGGCGGGAUAUCAAAUCCAAACUCUUCUCUUCUCUUCUUCUUCUUCUUUUGUGCUUUGGCCUCCAGCUGUUUUAAGACUUUUAAUUUGUACUGAAAAACAAAUAAAAAAAAGAAACAAGAAGUGCCUAAACACACAGACACAAAACAAAACAAUACAAUUUUAUACACCGAGAAUAAAAACAUAUAUAACAAAUAUAUUAUAAAUAAAUAAUAUAUAAUAAAUAUAUAAUAAAAAAGAAAUAAGCUGACUUUUCUUUCUUUCCCAGCCAUGGGACUUUGACCAAUCUUGACUGCUUGCUUUACACUUAAAAGUCCCAUGGAUUUCUCAGCUGGUUAGAAUGUGGUGUUGAUAACACCAAGUUUGCAGGGUUUGGUCCUCCAUAUGAUCCAGCUGCAUAUUCCUGCAUUGCGGGGGUUGAUCAGUGAUCCUCAGGGCCUCUUCUGACUCUACAAUUCCAUGAAUCUUGCCCUCUAUGUUCAGAGCAGCCUGUCACAUCUUCUGAAAUUUAACUUUGUUGUGUUUUGUUAUCCUGCUUUUCAGACGAAUAAUGUCUUCCAAACAGAAAAGAACCACAGGCCCAACCCUCAGGCUUAUAGACUAAAAAGACAAGAUGCAGGAAGGGAAAGCAGGUGGAGAAGGAAAAGGAGGGGACAAUCUUUUUAAAUCCUUCCCCUUAGCAAAUGGUCUGAAACUAAUUGGAGGCUCAUAAUCUUGCCCAUUCACCUUGCCUUUUAAAGUCCCCUUUGUGAAUAAUUUCUAUGUGAUGCCCCCAUUCCCUUCUCCCUUUCCAUGCCAAGUGCUCAGCACAAAUUCUGCCUGCUUGGCUCAAAUCAAGGGUAGGCAGGACUCAGUAGUGACUAGUGGAUACAUGGGGGAUUGGAACACAGGAAGCUGCCAGUCACACUGGUCUGGUUCACAUGUACUGGUAAAACAUAGUUUUGAAAUGAACUACGGUUUACCAUGAAGAAGUAGCAUGCUGGUGCAUGCCAGUGAAUUGCACCUGUUUUGCACCUCCCUUUCCAGAAGUGGGAAACAAAACCAUAGAAUGGCUGACUUCACCUAAUGUGUGAAACAGCACUCAUUGUUUCUCUGCAAACUACUACUGGAAGCCAAGGUUGUUGUUUUUUUUAAAGAAACCCAUGAAUGCUGGCUUGCACAGAAUGCUAAGUCAGCUUCUCCAUGGUCCCCCCACCCCGACUCUGGGAAGGGAGGAGCACAGCGACUGCUAUUGGGCAGCAUGCACUAGCACACUGCUUGUUCAUGGUAAACCAUGGCUUUGUUUCUGACCAUUGCUUAAUGCUCACAUGUGAACCACUGCCCAAUGGUCUCUUACUAGCCCAUGAGCAUGGCUGUCCUAAUGGUUUGUCCAAGAUUCUGAGAAGGCUGUUGGUACAAUAGUUUUACAAAUUGAAGUGCUCCAUUAUCACUCACAAAAUCUAUGGGAAAUUGGUUCCCAACUCAGGAGCUAUUUGGCUAUAUUUGCAAGUUUUCCAUAGCUGUGGUCAGGCAAAGUUUAUGUUUUCCUCUAAUGUACCGUAUUUUUUCGUGUAUAAGACUAUAUUGUUUCCUAAAUUUUUGAAGUUUAAAAUAAGGGGUCGUCUUAUACACGGAUAGUGCACUGUGCAUUUUCUUAAUUUUGAGUCCCAGAAAAUAGGGGGCGUCUUAUACACGGAAAAAUACGGUAUAUCCUGUAUGAAUCUCCUUCUGCAUUGCGGUCCCCCAGAGAGGCCCUGUUUUGUGUUCCUCUACCAUUGGCAGUUAAGCUGACUGACACAAGAAUCAAGGCCUUCUCUGUAGUGGUGCCAGCUUUGUAGAACUUCCUUCUGAAGAAGGAGCAACAGUCCUGGUGUACUGAGGACUCCUUGUUUCUCCAGGGGGUUGGGGCAGGCUGAUCCAGAUUAACUGGAAGCUGCUGCUGUUUUCCAUAAGUGUUCUUAUAUGCUGCUGCUGACAUUGAUCUGAGUUUUAAGUGUGUGUUUGUUUUAUGCUUUCAUUGUUGUCCAUCUGGAAGACCAGUAUUGGGGCCAAAGGGCAAGAUAUUAAUUUAAUGAAAACAACAAUUAAAAAGAAAUGUCUUUGGCAGGUAUGUAACAUUGUGGCUGGCCAGCGGUGCAUUAAGAAACUAACGGACAAUCAGACCUCCACCAUGAUCAAAGCAACAGCGAGGUCUGCCCCGGAUAGGCAAGAGGAGAUUAGCCGGCUGGUAUGUGCCUCUUGUCUUUUUGCUCUUGUGGGAGGGAAGCGGCAAGCGCUUGUGAGCUUUCUGUUCUUUUGGGCUGGCAACUUGCGAGUGAAGGUAUGUGAACUGCUGCUGAGGACGGUGAGAGCUUUAUGACUUAGUGGUGCAAUUCAAAUGGGGUUGGCUGUGGCAGAGAUCUGCCUCCACCCAACCCCAUAACAACUCGGGUAGUUUCUGCCAGCAGAGUGAUGGCAGAGUCUCUCAAACCAAAACUCAUGUACUUUAAAACUUCAGGAGUUCUAGGUUACUGUCAGUAUUUGUAUCUCUUCAUAUCUACCAGAAUUUUAGGAUGGGGCAGGGCAGGAAGUAUGGGGCUUUCUGCGUGUUUAGCCACAAAAGCUACAAAACCUUUGACCUAAAUCCCUCCAGAUCUUAUGGAACCAGUGCUGAAGUGAUGCGAUCCUGCCAUUACCUGGGUAGAGCUUUCUGUGAUCCAUUGACAGAUCCCAGCACCUUAAUCAUUUGAAGUGUUCCACUAGGAGCUUUCACAGGCCAGGCCAGUGUUAUUUAUCCUGAAGACUAUUGGCUACCCAUGCUUUGCUUAAACUAUUGCCUAUAUUUUCCACUCUUACGAGUAGUGUUUCUUUUUUGCCAGUGUAGCUGUUGGAAAGCCUGUUCUGUUUGGAUAAGUAUAUUUUAUUAUAUUUAUAUAUCAUUCUUCCAGCCAAGUUUAAAACUAAAUUUCAAUAUUACAAUGGAAAAUGGGAAAGAGAUGUGGAAAGGAAACCCCUUGAGUUAGUUUCAGCAAAAAAGAGAGAGAGAAGGUUCUUUUAAACUCACACAUUGUUGAUACUUCACUCUGAGAACACUAAGCUUAAUAUACGCAGUGAGUUCUGUAUGUUGACGAUGUGGGUGCCCAGAAUUGGGCACAUACGUACAUAUGUGGUGGGGAUGUGAUGUCAUACAAGUUUUUUUGGGGGUAAAUCUUAUUGGAAUGUAGUAAAAUAAUAAGCUACUACAUAGAUCCUUUACUGAUACUGGCAUUGUUUACUAUAUUUGAUGACCAAAAUUCAGAUGAACCAUAUAAAUAGGUUUUAUUGAUAUUAUUGGCUGCAGCUAGACAUGUAAUAGCAAGAAAUCAGAAAACAAGAGAGAGGAACAUUUCAAGAGUGGAAAUUUUUAAUGCAGCAAAAUGCCUUAAUGGAAAGAUUGACAAAGCAAGUACAACUGAUGAGACAGACAAGCAUGGAAGGUGAUUUUGUAGGGAGGUGCUUUGGGUUCAUUCUACGGUUAGGAAGUUGUGAAACUGGAACCUCAGCAGCAGCUUCACAAUAACCUUACUGGAGAGACUUGAUAGUUUAAUAUGAAACAACACAUUGCUAUUCAGAUUCUUCCUAUGUAUUAUAUAAAUAAGAAUAAUGGCACAAAAGGUAGCAUUGUAUUAAAGGUAAAGGUACCCCUGACCAUUAGGUCCAGUCGUGACCGACUCUGGGGUUGCGACGCUCAUCUUGCUUUAUUGGCCGAGGGAGCCAACGGGUCAUGUGGCCAGCAUGACUAAGCCGCUUCUGGCGAACCAGAGCAGCGCACGGAAACACCGUUUACCUUCCCGCUGGAGCGGUACCUAUUUAUCCACUUGCACUUUGAAGUGCUUUUGGACUGCUAGGUUGGCAGGCGCUGGGACCGAGCAAUGGGAGCUCACUCCGUUGCGGGGAUUCGAACCGCUGACCUUCUGAUCAGCAACUCCUAGGCUCUGUGGUUUAACCCACAGCGCCACCCAUGAAUUCCAUGUAUACCUCCCAUGAAUUCUAUGUAUUGUAAUUUUUGUGUGUUACUAUAUGUGAAAAAUAAAAAAGUUAUUUGUGCAGUAUGUAUACAUAGAUGAGCUGUGGGCUAUUUCUGGCCUGUGAGUCUAAUUUGGCCUGGCAGGGGUCCUAAUUAGGCAUGUGAGGCCAUUUGUCCCAAACCACACCCACCUGCGCCACACCUGACAUAAUAUGUGAAUUCAAAUGUGGGGCAGAUAAAGACUGGCUACCUUAGAAGUUCCUGAUGAGAAUUCCCUAGUGUAGCUGAUGGGGCUUUCAGCUGAUGAGCACUGAGAACAAGCCCUUUGGAGGGUGCACUGUUGGUACCAAUCAGUUGAGUGGAGCUGAGUUAUCCCCUUUGAAGUAGUCACCUGAUGUCACCACCCUGUGGUGGGUGGGGCAACUGAGGAACCAAGCCGAUAGCCAGCUUCAGCUCUCCACCGUGGACAUAGACAAUAAAAUAGGAAAUUUUGUUUUCAGAAGGAGCCCUUAAAAACAAAACAUAAGCACCAAAGCAGAAAGAUCAGCAAAAAGCCAACUUAGAGCAGCAUAAAGCACAGCAAGGGGAAAGUUGAUGCAGAAAGCGAGGCACUCAGUAAAAUGUAACCAUCCUUGUUUUUCAGAUGAAGAACGCCAGUUAUAACCUGGACCCAUACAUACAGGAGUUUGGCAUAAAGGUGAAGGAUGACAUGACUGAAGUGACUGGGCGUGUCCUGCCAGCCCCAAUUUUACAGUAUGGAGGACGGGUAAGCAUCCGAGGGUCUCUCAAGUGCUCGUGGUGGUGGGGGGUGGCAGAUUCUCUUAGAGUAACUGACCAGUAGUAAUAUCUAAGGAAUGGACAUUUUGACACUCCAUCCCCAAAGCCUUCCAUCAGUCACCAUAUAAAUUGCGUUUAAUUCUCAGGAUUGUGGGUUCAAGCCCCACAUUGGGCAAAAGAUUCCUGCAUUGCAGGGGGGGCUGGUCUAGGUGACCCUCGUAGUCCCUUCCGCUCCACAAUUCUACGAUUUUAUGACUAUUAUCUUUUACGGGUGAAAUCCUUUCAAGAUGGCUUACAGAAUAAAAUUUUAUCUGUCCCACCACAGGCAAGGACACAAGAGAGGGCCUUCUCAAGGGCUGCUCACAAUGGAUUGUGGAGCUCCCUUUGGGGGGAAUCUAGGCUGGUUCCCUUUUGCUGGCAGGGAAAUAACUUUGUUUAGAGAAGCCUUUGGCUGCUAACUGACGAUUGUGGCAGGGUCUUCUGAGGGAGGGUGUUGCGCGUUUUGUUUUGGUGCUUUUAAAUAGUUCUAAGUGUUUUAAUUUGGUGCUAUUUUUAAUAGGGAAACUUGUUUAUUUUUAUUAUUUAUAUUGAUUGGUGGAGGUGGCCACCAAUUUGGAUGGCUUUGAGAGAGGAUCAGACAAAUGCAUGGAGUGCAAGCUACUAGCCACAAUGGCUGUAUUCUGCCUCCCCUGUCAGCGGCAGUAUGCCUCUCGUUUACCAGUUGCUGGGAGUCACAGUUGUGCAGAGUGCUGUUGCGCUUAGGCCCAGCUUGUAGGCUUUCCACAGGCAUCUGACUGGCCACUGUGAAAACAGGAUGGUGUACUGUAUAGACCAUUGGCCUAACCCAAACUCCCCUGGUAGGUGGUGUUUAUUUUGAAAGACCAAUUCACCAUUUUCUUUCCCCGCAGAACCGUGCCAUCGCCACACCCAACCAGGGGGUAUGGGACAUGAGGGGGAAGCAGUUCUAUAAUGGCAUUGAGAUCAAAGUCUGGGCCAUAGCCUGUUUCGCCCCCCAGAAGCAAUGCAGGGAAGAAGUUCUGAAGUAAGUGAGUGGUAUGUUUGUGGGUGUGGGGAACUGGAUGUGGCUAUAGAAGGACAAUGGCAUAGAGUCACUCUUCUGCAAGCAAAAGGACCCAGGUUCAAUCCCUGGCAUCUCCAGUUAGAGUUCAAAAGGUGUAGGUGAUACUGAGUUUGAUGGAUCAAUGGCUGGUCUUGGUAUUAGGCAGCUUCCUAGAUUUCUGAUAGGGAGCUGGAUCAGAUAUUGAACCAGCAGCAUAAUGUAUUCUGGUAGCCCACCUCCUUCAAAAUGUGUGUGGCAGUUUUUGGGGAUUCCCCUGGAAAACUGGUGUUGAGAAGCUGGCAGCAGUUACUCAUCUGCUGUAGAACCUGAGGCCUUGUUCCUGAGUAUGGCAGGGUUUCCCCUCCCAUCCAGGGCUAUGGGCGAUUGCUGGGAAAUGGUUCCUUCAUGCCUGGGUGGGCCACAGGUUCUCCUCCCAAUGUUGUUGGACUCCCAUUAGCCCCAGACAGAAUAGCCAGUGGUCAGGGAGUUGGGAUGAUGGGAGUUGUAAUCAAAAAUACAACAACUGGAGGGCCACUGGUUCCCAUCGCUGCCUUCACUGCUUCCUGUGGGCUUAGGAACAACUAGCAGACUUUUGAGAUGGAUUUUUAGUCCCCUGGGCUAGGUUCUCCAUCCUGGACCCAACACACCCCUCAGUGCAGUGAUGAGAAACCUGUGGCCCUCUAGACUGCAGCUCCCAUCUUUCUUGAGUGUUGGCUGUGGUGGCUGGGACUAAUGGGAGUUGGGAGGGCCAUGGGUUCCCCAUCCUAUGCAACAGCACUGCUUAGUAGAGGGAUAACCAGGCAUAAGAAACUCUACCUGCAUCCUCAUUUCAGACCUCAUUUUCUUCCCCCCCGUGCCGUAGGAACUUUACAGACCAGCUGCGCAAGAUCUCCAAGGAUGCAGGGAUGCCAAUCCAGGGCCAGCCAUGUUUCUGCAAAUAUGCACAAGGUGCAGACAGUGUGGAGCCCAUGUUCCGUCACCUUAAGAACACCUAUUCAGGGCUCCAGCUUAUCAUAGUCAUCCUGCCAGGGAAGACGCCGGUGUAUGGUAUGUUAACAGGAAAGGAGGGAGUUGCUGGGAGGAGGGAGGACAAAAUGGAAUUUCUCUCCAUUGAACCAUUAAUAAUCCAACACUUCCAGUUGCCAAUUUCCCCUUCUCGGACAAGAUUUUUGAGUGGGCAGAUGCAGACCAGAUCUGGGCACUCUUGGAGAAAGCUGGUUUUCUACAUCUGUUUUAAUUGGGGUUUAGGCCUGAUUUUGGCACAGAAUCUGCUUUGGUUGCCCUGUGGUUUUUGAAAGGACAGUAAACAAAUGUAAAUACGGUGACUACUACGACUACUAUAUAUUUCUUUUUAAAGGACAAACUGUGCCUUUGAACGUAGAAAGUUAGUGCAGCAGGGACGUGACUAGGCUAAAACCCCUUUUCUUGAGAAGUUAGAUUUCUAUGUUUAGUGUUAAAAAGAUUUAUCCCACACCUUCAAAGUUAGUUGGCUUUUUCUGGGCCAAACAAACAAAAUCCCACAAUAAAGUAGGAGCCAAACAAGCCUUCCUUAGGUAGCAAUUUCACAGGCAAGGUUGCCACCAUUGAAAAGGUACUCUCCAUGGCUUUUGCUGACUGCCUUACUUAAAUUGGACAUCCAUGGGAGUAUGGGAGAAGAAGAUCCAACCAGUAUCUUGGUCUCAUACUGUGUAGAUAAGCAUCACCGCUUUGAACUGAGCCUGGAAGUGGACAGGGAGCCAGUUAUGUUGUUUCAGAACAGAUGCAAUAGAUCCCACCUCUUGGGGAGAGCUGUGGCUGAGUGGUGGAAUGAAAAAGUGUCAGGUUCAACUGCAACAUCUCCAGGCACAGUUUGGAGAGAUGCCAGUCAAUCUAGACAAUACUGAGCCAGAUGGUUUCACUUGAUAUAAGGAAGCUUCCUGUGUUCCUAAAGCAAAGUGUACAGGAAGUGGUGAAGAGCUUUCUUUUUCUUGUUCCUGUUGACUGCAUAUCAUGUUAUGAGAAAGCUUGCAGGUUUCUCACAGGCAUCUGGUUGGCCAGUGUGAGAACAGGAUGCUGGACCUCAUAGGCCUUUGGCUUGAUGCUGCAGGGCUGCUCUUCUGUCCCUGUUAGCCAUCUGGCAGUUCUGCACUAGUUUGAGUUUCUGGACUGUCUUCAAGGUCAGCCCCACAUAGAGUUUAUUACGGUAAUCCAGCCUCUGUAGUUACAGAUUUUAGGAGCAUAUUUUCAAGAUGAAAAAAAGAAAAUUUAACAUAUGUGGCAUUUGUCCCUGUGCUGUCUGUAGUUUGAAGCGAUGCAGUGCAUGUAGGUCUACAAACCUGCAUGCUUUAAAAUCAGCUCUGGAAUUCUCUGCCUCUCUUAAAGCUAUUGCCUUAUCCCUCCACAUAUCAAAUGGAAACCUUCCCCAGAUAUUCCUGCUAUCCUUUUCAAGAAGCCACAAGGUGCCUGUUGCUUUAACAAGCUUUUACUCUUCUGUCUGCAGCGGAGGUAAAGCGUGUGGGGGACACGCUCCUGGGGAUGGCUACCCAGUGCGUGCAGGUCAAGAAUGUUGUGAAGACAUCGCCACAGACUCUUUCCAACCUCUGCCUCAAGAUCAAUGUCAAGCUCGGCGGGAUCAACAACAUCCUGGUGCCUCACCAGCGGUAUGUUUGGCAAGUGGGAUGGAAGGGAAGUACCUUCACUUGAACACCCCCCCGCCCAGUGAUGUUGUAGCUCACACAAGCACAUCCUGCUACCUGGCGUAACUGAACAGGAACACACGAUUAGGGAUGUAAGCAGGCAUUGAUUUCCAUUUUGUCCUGCAUUGGUUGCAUGCAGCUGUUUCUGUUCUGCCAUUCGUAUUCCACCCCAAACUAUGCUGUUCAUCUCCACAUCCACUGUGGUGAAAUUACGUAACACAUGUAAUUUAUAUAAGCUACACUGACAUUCCGUCGUUCCACCCAUUUCAGUGCAAAGUAAACGAGGCACAAAGCGGGGUGUGGUGGGGGACUUAAUCAGUUGUGUAUUGUUUGUGGAUGGAAAACAACAGCAACAAUGAAUACUGAUCCUAUUUACCGGAUUGAUUUGCACCGGCAAUUUCUAUUCCCAUUUCUGUCAGAAUUCUGACAUCUAUACUUGUGAGCCUGAAAAUCUCAGUUUGGCUCUCAUUUAGAAACAAAAAGUGAAGUUUUGGCCCCAGUAGUCACACCCAAGCACUUGGGCGCAGAGAGUCCAAAAGGGAGUGGGAGAGGGAGAACUCAAGGCAGACCAGUGUACCAUAUCCAAAGCCCUAUUGGAAUUGUGCCUUCCUCCCUUUCCCCCAGUCUUCUGUCAGCCUUUUUAAUACACAUUUCUCUCAGAAGGGGGGGGGGGAGUAUGCCAGCCACAAGGCUGGUUGUGUCCUCCACUCCACCCCCACCCCCCGGUCCCCAAAUCUGAAGAGAUGUUAGGAGAACAGGAGAGCUUGGGAACCAGAGGAUCCAAAGGCUCCUUUGAGUUGCCUCUACAUCUGAAACGUAAACUUCUUUGCCGCUCUCCACUGCUGGGGCGCUAAUGGCCAAGGAGGUGACUGUGGUUGCAAGAUGGGUGCCUUUAUGGGCGGACCUCGUCUACCAAGGGAGAUCUGUGAUAUCCUAUGGCCCCUGGGAUGCUCUCCCAGGGACCACAGGAGCGCAGCCGCAAGAUGUAAAACAAAGGAACCUAUAAUCUGCAUCUGAAGAACCUUCCUGUUGAACUGAGAAAUUUGAUUCUUUGUCCUAGAAUGAACUACACAUAGUAAGUGGAAUUAUGUAUCUGCUCAUUUUUUGCCCUGUUCAUAAUUUCCAAUAUUUUAUUGGCAACCAAUUUUACAGUCCAGAUUUUUUAAAAAAUGCAAAAUUACUACAGAACCAUAACUCUUACAAUUAAGCAGUAAUAAAAGGGUCACCUGAAAUGUUUCAUGGUUUAAACAUUCAGCCAGUUAUACAACUGCACUGAAUACUUUAUGAGAGCUUUUUUAUCAGAUUUCUCAUCGUUUUUGUCUCCAGCUGUUACUUUGGUUUUUAAAAAAAAUGAAUAUGAAUAAAGAAAUAUAUUAAGAAAAAAUGUGGGCAGUUUAGAACGCAGUAAGUCAGCCCAGAGGAAGAGCUUACUGAAAAUAUCAAGAUUUCUCUUGGCAGUGGAAAAUCGCCAGCGAGGGAGCCUGAUGAACACGCUUUCAGGAAGACUUCUUUGGGACUGAGCUUGGAAUUUCGGGGAGGAGAUGGGGGAUAUAAAAGCAUGUAACUCUGAAUAUAUUGCUUGUCAGUAACUUGCUUUAACAGAAGGAAGUAACUUGCUUUAAUUUAGCUACAAAACGUUGGAGAGCUAGCUUUUGUAGAAGGGUGUUCCCUAAAAAAAAUAUCUUCUAGUAUUUGGUACUAAAUCUUCUACUCAAUCUUGUUCCCAGGUCUGCUGUCUUUCAGCAGCCAGUCAUAUUCCUUGGAGCUGAUGUGACUCAUCCCCCAGCAGGUGAUGGAAAGAAGCCUUCUAUAACAGCUGUAAGUUUUACCUCUCAAAUGUUGUGGUAUGUAAUAGGCUGGCUCGGCCCCAGACCAUCAGGAAGGGAAGAGCCAUAGUUCAGAGAUAGAACACAUGCUUUGUGUGCAGAAAGGCCCAGUUUCAGUCUCCAGGGAAGUCUGGGAAUGUCUCCUGCCUGAAACCCUGGAAAACCAUUGCCAAUCGGUGUAGACAAUACUGAGCUAGAUGGACCAUAGCUUUGGUUCGGUAUAAGACAUUGUUCUGUGUGCCUGUCUGGAGCACUCGGCCACCGCCUCAGUUGUGCACCAACCAGCUCAUUCAGGAUGGAGUUCAGUGAGAAGCUCACAUAGGUACAUUUGUCUUGUGUCCACGUAGCCUAGCACAGACGUCUAGGGAGUUGCCUCUUAAGUCCCCUAGCGUAGAGAGAGGCGGUGUUGUCUUCAGCCUGUUCUCUCCCAUUUGUCUUCACCAGUUGACAGUCCUUCACUUUCAUCAGGAUUGCUCCCCGCACCCGCACCCAAGCCUGACAGAAAUAAUACAGGGGCGAAGUUCUUAAAAAUAAUAACAACAACAAUUUUCAGUUUCAGUGGCAUGCAAGUUUCACACUUUUGCUCUUUAUGGGCUGCAGGUGGUGGGCAGUAUGGAUGCCCACCCAAGCCGUUACUGUGCCACCGUGCGGGUUCAGCGGCCCCGGCAGGAGAUCAUAGAGGACCUGUCGUACAUGGUGAGAGAGCUCCUCAUCCAGUUUUACAAGUCCACUCGCUUCAAACCCACCCGCAUAAUCUUCUACCGUGAUGGAGUGCCGGAGGGACAGCUCCCACAGGUGAGGGGGCCUUUUUUCCUCAGUAGUACCCGCGGGAAUGGAUCCUGCACAGGAAACUUCGGUUCACAUUAGGCGGAAAGGACAGAGGUUUGCAGUAGGUACAGGUUAGGAAUUGCCCAGUUUAAGGUGAGCUUCAGUAGUAGAUAAGUUCUGUUGAAUUUGACUAACUGGAUUUUUGUAAACCGCUUUAAGAUAUUUUACAAUCAAGUGGUGUAUAAAUUUUAUGAAAUAAAUAAAGGUCCAUUUAGUCUAGGUCUGGGGGACCUGUGGCCCUGCAGAUGAUGAUGGUGGGGAUUAUGAUUUUGUUGACAGCCAUAACUUCCACCAUCCCAUUUGUCUUGGUGGCUGGGAUUGAUGGAAACUGGUGCCCAAUAACAUCUAAAGGGCCCCAAAUUUCCCAGCCCUGGCUUAUGGGAGACCCAGAGGCAGGGCACAAGGGCAACAGCUACUGAUUUUCAGGAGUAAAUGUUUCAGGAGGGUCCAUUUAGGUAUUAAUAGCUGUUGAUAGGCCUCUCUUUCUUCGUGAUUUUUGCCUCCCCCCCCCCUUAAAGCCACCUUAAGCCUGUAGAUGUGUCUACAACUUGGGGCAGCCAGUUCAGUAAAUUAACCAUACAUUUGUCCUACAAAGUGCUUUUAUCUUUUGUUGAGUUGUGCUAAAUUCACUUCCAGUCCAUUUUACUGGGUGAAAAAGUUUUCAAUUAGCUGUAAUCGUGCCUUAGAAUAAGGUGGCCUCAAUCUUUUUUUUAAUUAAAAAAAUACUCUUCAUAUGAUCAAGCAAAAAAUAAUAAUAAAAAUAAAUGGCUCAGUGAAUAGAUUAUCUUUCUAGAAACAGAAGUGGGGGCAGCAUGGUGUUUUCUUUUUCCUUCUACCUUUUAAAGCAUUACGGCUGCUUUUCUCUUAGAUCCUUCAUUAUGAGCUCCUGGCCAUCCGUGACGCCUGCAUCAAAUUGGAGAAGGACUACCAGCCAGGCAUUACUUACAUUGUUGUGCAGAAACGACACCACACUCGCCUCUUCUGUGCAGAUAAGAAUGAGAGGGUGAGGAUCAGUGAUGGGGCAUGCUUCAAAUUAAUUCUUUUGGUUGUGUAAACACAGAUCAACGAGGCCUAACAAGUGGCUAUUGGGGGAUUGCUGAUAGCAGUAAUAAAGCUUGAGAGGUUUAUGAUACGAAGCUAAUUUAAUUUUUCUCUUUUAUUUUGUUUGGCACAGGAGUUCCCUAACUAACUUGCUUGAGAUCCCUAAAGGAUAGUGGAGGCAUCCCAGGCAAUUGCUUUUUCUUAGCCUUGCUUAACAUCCAUCUUUCUUAGCAUCUUGCUUAAACAUCCCAGACAAUUGCUCUUGCCUAAGGGUGCGAUACUCUCCCCGAUGCUUUUCAACAUCUUUAUGCGCCCCCUCGCCCAGCUUGUUCGGAGUUUCGGGCUGGGUUGCCAUCAGUAUGCCGAUGACACCCAACUCUAUCUGUUGAUGGAUGGCCAUCCUGACUCGGCCCCAGACACACUGACCAGAUGUUUGGAAGCUGUGGCUGGAUGGUUACGUGGGAGCCGGUUGAAGCUAAAUCCUUCGAAGACAGAGGUCCUGUGGCUGGGACGGGGCGAUAUGGGAUUCGGGGGGGCAACGCCCAGCUCGUGCGGGGGCGCAAUUAGUGCCAGCACCGGCCGUUAAGAGUUUGGGUGUAAUCUUCGACACCUCCCUUUCCAUGGAGGCGCAGAUUGCAGCUAUAACAAAGGCGGCAUUUUUCCAUCUCCGCCAAGCUAAGCAGUUGGCUCCUUACCUCUCUCGCCCUGACCUAGCCACUGUGAUCCACGCGACGGUCACCUCCAGACUGGAUUAUUGUAACUCGCUUUACGUGGGGCUGCCCUUGAGACUGACCCAGAAACUCCAGCGGGUGCAGAAUGCUGCAGCGAGACUCCUUACGAGGUCUUCGCUGCGAGAUCACAUACACCCGGUGCUAUACCAGCUGCACUGGCUCCCGGUGGAGUACAGGAUCAGGUUUAAGGUGCUGGUUUUAACCUUUAAAGCCCUAUACGGCCUAGGACCCUCGUACCUACGGGACCGCCUCUCCUGGUAUGCCCCACAGAUAAACUUACGGUCUUCAAAUAAAAACAUCUUGAAGGUCCCAGGCCACAGAGAAGUUAGGCUGGCCUCAACUAGAGCCAGGGCUUUUUCGGCUGUGGCUCUGAUCUGGUGGAACACUCUGUCACAAGAGACCAGGGCCCUGCGGGACUUGACAUCUUUCCGCAGGGUCUGCAAGACAGAGCUGUUCCACCAGGCCUUUGGCCAGGGCACAGCCUGACUCCCUCCCUCGGCAAUCUUCGCGGAGCUCUGGCCCAAUGGUUGCCAGUGGCUUGAAUUAAUUAAUUUUAUAAUGAAUGAUUUUAGAGUGUUGUUUAUACUGUACUUUUGUAUUGUUUUAUUGUUGUUAGCCUCCCUGAGCCCGGCUUCGGCUGGGGAGGGCGGGAUAUAAAUAAAAUUUAUUAUUAUUAUUAUUAUUGCUAACAGCAUUUACGCUUUUGUUUCCUUUGUAAUAAACUCUGCAGAUCGGUAAAAGUGGGAACAUUCCAGCAGGAACAACAGUGGAUACAAACAUUACUCAUCCAUUUGAGUUUGACUUCUACCUGUGUAGUCAUGCUGGCAUUCAGGUACUGUGUAUUAAUGACCUUUUUUAUUUAGAGAGAGGAGGUGAUUUAGAUAAUAGCCGGAACCCCAAAGUAUACUUCAGUCUUCCUACUCCUAUAAUCCCUGUUCUCUUUUUGCGGAGGGAGUCAAUAGCAAGGAAGGAGCUGGUGAAUGGGCACCAGCUUAUUGUGGCUCCCUGAAGCAGAGGUUCUAUGGGGGCUGUAGAUCUGGGGAUGGAGCAGCAGUUGGCUCUGUUACAUGGAGUUGACCACGAGGGAAGAUAAAACAAAGGGACCAAGUUGAGGCGGUGGCCUCUGGGUUUUGUGGGUCACCAUAGUGGUGGUUGGAAUUUACCUAGAGGUUCUUGAAUGCACAGAGCACUUCAUAUUAGCUAAGUAAUCCAUACGUCAGCCUAGUAAGAUGUUGAUAUUAUUAUAUCCAUAAUGCCAGUGGGGAUUGGAAGCUGGGGGAGUUCUUGUCUAAGGCCACCUAGCACAGGGGUGGCAAACCCAUGGACCAGAUUGCGUGUGCAUUGGCUGCUUUUGCAUGCAGCCUUUGGACUGAAAAGGUUAGCCACUACCUCUGUAGAUGGACCAUCUUUCCACUGCACUUAGGAAGUUAUCAUCAUUCCUCCCUGUGUACCCUACUGAGUCCAGUUCUUCUUCCCAUCCAGGGUACAAGCAGACCUUCCCAUUAUUACGUUCUUUGGGAUGACAACCGGUUUACAGCGGAUGAGCUUCAGAUUCUCACCUACCAGCUUUGCCACACUUAUGUACGCUGCACUCGCUCAGUCUCUAUCCCAGCACCAGCAUACUAUGCCCGCUUGGUGGCAUUUCGGGCGCGAUAUCACCUUGUGGACAAAGAGCAUGACAGGUGAGCAGCUGGGUGUCUGUACAUGUAGUAUCUCUACUUGUUUGUUUCCGUGCAUGGAGCAGGAUAGACUAGGGCAGUUACAUGGCUCCAUGGUAACUUGUUUUCCUUCACCAUCAUCACUGUGUGGUGGAAGCCCAAUGACACCUGGGUUUGAAUGUGUGUCUUCAGUUCUGAAGGAACAUAUUUGUAUGUCAGGUACAUCCCAUUUGUAGAGUCCCUGAUGGGUUGAUUGUCGCAUUAUUCCACCAAUAGGCAUGGUGCUUUAUGGAGCACAAGAGGGCAGGUCGCUGCUCGAAGGGGUUGCCAUCUGAAAAACAACUGAAGGAGGGGAGGGGAAGUGGGAGGCAGAAGAGGGAAACAAGGGAAGGGUAUAUGAUUGUUUCAGUUACACAUACCUAGGGUUAUAUGCAUUGCUAGUUCUUUGCAGAGUAGAUCCAUAGAAAUUAAUGGGCCGGAGCUAGUCCUGUGUAUUAAUUUCAUGGAUCCACUCUUGAGUAGAACUAGCACUGGGUAGGGUCCUUAGGCUUUGUUGAGAAAAGGGCAGGGUUGAUGAAUCUGUGGGCCUGCUAGAGUUGCCGUCAUUAUUGGGUACAGGUGGUGGGCAGCAUGGAUCCCCCCCUCCCACCCAAGCCGAUUCUAUGCCACGGUGUGUUGGUAGCCAGCCUGGCCAAUGAUCAGGGAUGGUGGGCUUUGUACUGCAGAGAAUUUGGAGGGCUUCUGAUUAGCUAACCCAAGAUAACAGAAAUGGCAUGAUACACCCCCUGUUUUUACUGUGCGAACCAGUGAGGCGUACGGCCUGAGAGAACUGAGGACCAGUCAAGAGACCCGGAAGGCCGCAUUUGGCUACCUGUCCUGUGGUUCCCUACUUCUGUCUUAAAACAUAAUAUUAUUGAAAAAUAAAUCUAUUACGUCGUAACUUGUCAAAAAAGGCACUCAAAGGCUUUGCAGUCAGCCAGAUGCUGGAAGCUUAACUGUUAAAGAGGUGGUGCAGAAUGGGGUGGACUCGAGAGAGCUCAGUCCCAGGUAGAACAUCUCACAGAUGUUCACUGUUGAGAUCCUUGAAGGUUCUUCCUUGUCCGGCAGCAGCACCAAUGAUCAGUGAAUGACCACUAGAGAAGAUUCUGCAGAUCACGCUGAGCUGACCGGAGGUCAGAGUUUGGUCUUUAGUUUUCUAGGUGCAAAUAAUUUAUUUGCCCCAGAGAAGGGUUAUAGCACACCUGGCAAGUCCUUUCUGUGCAGCCAUACUUUAUACUUAUUUUUGGCUAUGUCUGGAUAUUUGUGAUUGUAACGCGAGUGGCGCCAUGGUCUAAACCACAGAGCCUAGGUCUUGCUGAUCAGAAGGUUGGCAGUUGGAAUCCCCGCAAUGGGGUGAGCUUCUGUUGUUCAGUCCAGCUCCUGCCCACCUAGCAGUUUGAAAGCACGUCAAAGUGCAAGUAGAUAAAUAGGUACUGCUCCGGCGGGAAGGUAAACGGCAUUUCCGUGCGCUGCUCUGGUUCACUAGAAGCGGCUUAGUCAUGCUGGCCCGGAACUGUCUGUGGACAAACACUGGCUCCCUCGGCCAGUAAAGCGAGAUGAGCGCCGCAACCCCAGAGUCGUCCGCAACUGGACCUAACGGUCAGGGGUACCUUUACCUAAGACAGUUUUCUGCUAGGGCAAUACUGAUUUGCUUGCAGGCUUCUUACCUGGAAUGGAAGCAAUUCAUAAGUAGUGGUUUUAUAUGUUGACAACUAAUGCUUUGUUCUCUUUUCCCCCUCGCACCCUGUUUCUUCCACUUUCAGCGGAGAAGGCAGUCACAUAUCUGGCCAGAGUAAUGGUCGAGACCCUCAGGCCCUCGCCAAGGCCGUACAAGUUCAUCAGGACACUUUACGUACCAUGUACUUUGCUUGA